AUGCGGGCGAUUCGGAAUGAAGCAGAUCUAGACAGCCUCUCGGUACCGAACAAAUACAAGAAACUGGGCGAUUUUCACAAGUACUAUGCUGGCGAAAAGAAGGCUCCGAUACUAACGCUCGUGAUUGGUGGUAAUCAUGAAGCAAGCAACUUCAUGUGGGAACUCUAUUAUGGUGGAUGGCUUGCACCGAAUAUUUACUACUUAGGGGCGGCUGGCUGUGUAGAAGUAGCAGGACUUACUAUCGCGGCUUGCUCUGGCAUAUACAAUGCGCGCCAUUAUAAAUGUGGGCGGUUCGAACGACAGCCAUACUCUCGAGAUGAUGUGCGCAGCGUAUACCAUGUGCGGCAGUUCGAUGUGACAAAGCUUGGGCUUUUGAGACAUCCUGAUAUUUUCUUGUCGCACGACUGGCCGAACGGAGUUGAGCAAUAUGGAGAUGUGCCAAAUUUAUUACGAAGGAAACCGUUUUUUCGAGACGAGGUUCUAUCAUUUAGUUUGGGCUCACCACCGUUGCAGGCUUUGCUGCGUGACUUGAAACCAAGAUUCUGGUUCUCAGCGCAUUUACAUGUGCGAUUUGCAGCCACAGUGACGCAUGGUGUUCCGCCAUGUGGUUUGGUCAGUUUUCAGAACACAAAUCCCGAAGCAUUACCGCUCGAUGACGAUGAUGAUGAGUUCGGUGAGAACGAUACGUCUGAGAAUCCGCCGCAUGGAUGCACUACCGAGUUCCUGGCACUUGGUAAAUGCGGUGUGAAGAACGAAUACUUGCAUCUCACGUGGCUGCAGUUCAUCGACAUUUCCGCACCAGAGGACCAUAUGCAUCAAACAGAAAAAGACGGUGAGCGCCCAGAGAUCUCGUUACGCUUUCACAGGGAUUGGCUCUCCAUCACACGCGCAACACACAAGUAUUUCUCGUUACAGCGACAUGAUUCGUGUCUCCAGUCACUUCAACACGAGAAAUUGCGCGCCAAUGUCCAGAAAGAACGCGCUGAAGUGGACUACAUGGUGCAGGCGAAAGGAUCUGAUUGUUUGGAUGUUAGGAAAGUUCAGUCUUUUACGCGCACAGCGCCAACGCAAGGCGAGCUUCAAGUGUGGAGUGAAAACAGAUGCCCCUAUAUAUUCAACAAUCCUCAGACUGAGGCUUUUUGCGAACUCGUGCAGAUACCCAAUCUCAUUAAUACUCAACACCUUAGCACCCAAUCUCUACAUCGCUCAAGAAAUAUAUCGGCUCAGUCUCUAGAGCCAAAUACAUCAACGGCCACAAAUGCGACAGAUGUUGCAACAGAAAUCGCCCAAAUUCGAGCGGCUGCUCUCGACCGCAAACGUAAAAGAAAGCCUGCAUCUGUUCAUGCCAUUCCUGGAACAGACACCCAGUAA